AUGGGUUCAACUAGCGGCCUCCUCAAUUCCGACUCACCUCAUUUGCACCUCGCCCAGCCCACCCCAGAAGAAUGCAACCAGAUUUGGACCAGCACCGCGGCCUCGUGGAAGGACUCACUAACCACAACUCUCUACAUCGAUCAGAAUUGGUACCUUUCAACAGUGCCGCAUACUAAAGAUGGAGGCAUAACCCAUUGGGUCCUCGUUGGCAAAGAUCAGUCGCCUAAUCAGCGACAGAUCUUCUGCUCAUGUGAAAGCUACCGUCAGCGCUCGCUCGUCGCUGACGAGAAGGGAAAUAUCGAGGAAGGCAUUGUUCACGGUAUCGCCAGUGUAUUCUGCCCGUCGGAGCUACGGGGCCGUGGCUACGGAACUCGACACAUGAAAGAACUUGCCAUGGUACUUUAUGGAUGGCAGGCUGAGCAUGGCAAGAGCAUCGGUAGCGUCCUGUACUCGGAUAUUGGAAAGGAGUACUAUGCCAGAGCGGGCUGGCUGCCGGAUCCUGGGAAUGGACACCUUAUCUUCCCAUCUAUCAAGAUGGAGAAGCCAGUCGUGGCGAAGCCAAUACAUGAGUCGGAACUUGAAGCACUCUGUCUUAGAGACGAGGCCAUGAUCCGUAAGGCGAUGGCGACACCUAGUGAGGUACGGAAGCGCGUGGUAGUCCUACCGGACCUGGACCAUAUGAUAUGGCAUAUCCGAAAGGAGGACUUCGUCACCGACUACCUCUUCGGCAAGAAUCCGGGAGUCAGAGGGGUGAUUGCAGGCAGUCCUGGUAAGCAGGUUUGGGCAGUCUGGGUGCGUCGCUACUUCAAGCAUCCAGAUAAUCCUGUAAAGGCGGAACUGGACGACGCAAGUGGCCUGUACAUUCUCCGCCUCGUAGUAGAAGGAGAUGAAACUACCAACAAACCUUACGGUCAAUUGCCUCUGUCAACGGGCGCGUAUCUGAAGCAGGCAGCUGCGCUCAAAGCUGUCCUGCAGGCUGCACAGGCAGAAGCAGCAGAGUGGCGCCUGGACCGAGUGAAAUUGUGGGAGCCGUCACCUCUAGUAGAAAGUCUUCUCAGGAAGAGCGGCCUUGAUGCUAUCCGAGUCGAGAGGACAGAGACAUUUGUCUCCUGUGCGCAGUGGUACAGCGAAGACAGCGAUGUUGCAGAAGAUGCUCCGGCUUGGGUGAACAAUGAGCAUUACGCAUGGUGCUAG